CUGUAUCAGCUGUGAUUGGGUUUCAGCAGCAGCUGUGGUUUCGCUCUUCGGUAUCAGCGCUGUUUAUUGAGUAUUUUUGCCAAAUAUUAGUCCGGCUUUAACGCGCCCUUUGCGGGUUAGGGUCAAGAUCCGACGCUUUAACCGGAGGAGACCGAGCGGAGACCGGUAAAGGAACGGUGAGGGACUCGCCGGGUAGCGGCGUGCGUGUGUGUGGCACCGCAGCCGGGUUCGGCCUCGCUGUCGGCGGCGUGAAGGAGCGGCUGCGCACGGUCUUCUGUUAGCUCCGGAGCUAAAACGGGUUAGCAGCGUCACCGUCCUCCACUGCAGCUCCGCCGGUAAACACGGGCUGCCUGUUCUGCCCUUUAAACGGGGUAUUUUUAAGGUGUCACGGGCUGAUUCCCUUCAGAGACUGAUAUUCUUGCUCUACUUUCCAGGAUUUUUUGGUUGAAGCGCCGCUGCGGUAGUUCUGAUUGGAUCAUUUGAUGGAUUGAUUUGAGCUUCUGUCCCUGCGCUCAUACCCAUGGUGGGGGAGGUAGCCGAUGGAAGACACGGCCCUCAAGCAGCCCACCAUGGUCUCCAGACUGCCCAAGUUUGGCUCCCGUGCUGCCCCGGCUUCUGCUGGCCCCCUCUCCAACGGUUCUGCCCUGCCUGUGUCCUCUGUAGGAGGUAAAGGGGUACCUGUUGGAAAGCAGAAUGGGAUAAUUCGAGUUCCUCCUACACUUUCUACAAAGUGGAAGAAGGGGAGGGAUGACAGUGGAGAGAAGAUUCCAGAUGCUGGUGAAGAGCCUCGCAUGGGUGUCCGCACCCAACAGCAGCCACGCUCUGCGGCCAUGAUUAGAGAUUUCGGAAAGCCCUCUGCUGCCCCAGUGGGUAAGGCCCGAAGGUCAAUCCCCACGGCAACUAGCACAAAUCCCAGAACUAUCCCUCAGUCCACCAGGGCCAAUCCACGCACUACUGCUCCCAAAAACCCUUCCCCGAAUCAGUCGAUGUACAGCCGCAGAGCUGGCAUGAACGGCAUCGGCUCAGGCCUUCCAAAACCCGGCUCCUCAUCCUCCUUGUCACAGUCCAGCGACAGUCUAAAGUCUGUCUCUGUGGAACAUGUUGUGCGAUCACAGAGCUUCAGCCAGUUAAAGAGCUCUACCACCCCUGCCAGUCCUCCACUGACCCGCUCUUUUUCCUUCAACCGAGCAGCAGAGUUGGCAAAGGAGAUGCCCAGACCGCUUGCACAGUCCCCCCUAGCCAGGUCUCCAGUCACUCAGCCCUCUCUUGUGUUGGCUGGAGAGAGACCAGGUCCUUUUGGUGUAGCAAAAUCAACUAUCUCAACCAACACUAGCAGUUCAUUACCACCCGCAUCCCUGAAGAAAUCACUCUUGCCCAACUGCUCUAGCAGCAAGCCAUCAGCGAUUAGCUACAAGCUAAUGCGACCGUCGCUUAUCAAGCAGCCCCGCUCAGCACUGUCAGGGAAAGUCCAAGUAAAAGCUGGGUCAAUGCAGAGAGAUGCAGAAUCGCAAGAAACAGUCCCAACGACAUCUGACAUCUCCAGUAACACUGAAAGUGCUGAAACUACCCCAGAUGACCCCAAGGAAUCCGAUGGCCUCCAGGUUGUCUCCCUUGAGAUCCCAGAGGACAUGUCCAUGUCCUCCACGUCCUCUUUGGAGCGCAAUGAUAUUAGCGAAGAGUACAUGGACGACUUUGAUGAUCUGGGCAGUGGGGUCAGGAUCCAACUGUACCAACCUAUUCAUGACAUAGGGAAUGGCCAGUCUGGAUUUGAAGGCAACGCUCUGGUCAGUCAGUGUCAAGAAGGGUCGUCGGUAACCAGCCUCCACAGCUUCCUGUCCGAGACUGUAGACUGGGCUGAGAUGGGUCUCACAGGGGCCCGGGAAGGACUUGAUGUCUCGCCUCGAAAGAUGUCUUCUGGGGGAGAUCUGCCACACGGCUCCUCGCUGGACCUCUCCCCCUCGGACAGCUCCGGUGGGACCUAUAUGUGGGACGAAGAGGUUCUGGAGCCACUGGGAGGAGCCACGCAUCGCUGUGGGAGCUACGACUCUGAACUCAACAGCAUGGACAUUCUCAACAACCUGGAGAACUUGGAAUCAUGUGAUCUGGAAGACGAUGACCUCAUGCUGGACGUGGACCUGCCCGAAGACGCGUCCCUCCACAAUGAUGUUGAUGGAGUGUCCCAUUAUGACUGUUCAGAGAGUGGUUUCUGGCCGGGGCAGUGGAGGAGACGACAGCAACUCUGGGGUAGAUCAGAACAGCUUAACAACAACAACAGAGCUGCUGUUCUGCCGUCGUUUGACGACUGUCACCUGAAGGGCCUGGGGAGGCGAGGGCCAGGACACGGUUCUUUGGAUGAGCUGAUGCUGAAGCACAUGGCCCAGGACUGCUCAUCCGUCAAGGAACAGCUGCUACAGCUGAGGAGACUGCUGCAGAUUGAAGAGGAUGGAUCAGUUGACGAGUCCUUGGAGUUGGACUCAAGUCUGUCUUCGGAAGAAACAAACUGCCAACAACAGGUGGAGGAGCUCCUGAAGGAGGUGCAGAACCUUAGAGAAGAACUAAGGGAGAAGGAGAGGCUAAUUAGUAAGCUCAGUCAGCAGAUGGCUGCCCAGCUGGAGGUGCCGCAGUGCCACUGCCUGCAGGGGGAGCCACUGAGCCAAGGGCAGCAGGACAAGAGCACUCAGACCCCUUGGAGAGUGCAGAAUCCUCAGAUACUACAGCCUUCCCGACCCUUGUCCAGGUCCAGCGGACACCACAAACUGGAAAGACCAUCAAGCAAAGUCCUCACAGGGGCCCACAGUGACAGUGUGGAUGCCAAGUCUGGUGACUGUCCAGUAAAGGUCCAGCCUUGUGCUUCAAUCUCACGAGAUUCUACCACGAGUAACAUCAUCCUUUCUCCUCUUCCUGAGCCUGCAACUGCACCUGCUUCUGCUGCUACUGUUAGUCCUACUGUUCCUGCCACGUCUUCUGUCACUCUGCAGGACUGUGGACCUGAUGAGCUUCACCAGCUUCUAGACACCCAUCUCACAAUCAGUGACUUGCACAGCCCCAGGGUCCGUACUAGCAAUGUGCUCCUCAGAAUAGGUGACCCACUUAGCCCUGGGGUUCAAGUUAACAACUGUGUUCAGCUGCUAAGGGGAGACUGUGCACCUAAUGACCUUCACAGUCUGCAACCACUUAGCUACAUCAAAAGAGCUACUGCUCUGAUGAGGCAUCGGGAUAGUUCCCAGAUAAACCUUGGUAGAGGUUUUCUGGGCAGGGCAGGGCGCCAGCAAGCCUGUUCCUCCAAUACAUCCAGGACCAGGCAUAUGCCUCCACCAUCCCGUGGCCUCCCAUGCAUCAGCUCAGCCUCGCAGGUUGCUGCCUCCACAAAUUUCUCAGCACACAAUGUCCACUUUCGGGGCCUCAGACCAAACCAAGCUCCUAGAGACAUAGAGCAAAGCUCAGCACGUGCCCGUGAGCUCCCCCAGCCCUGCAACUCACGCCUCCCCAAGCCAAAGAGCCACUGACACUUCCUGACACUUGGAAAGAGGCCAGCCAGUAACGUCCCCUCCCCUCCCCUCCUCUUCUCUUCCCUCCUUUACCCUCCACAGCUCUGCUCAGGGCCUCCCACCAGACUUCAUGCCUUCCCCUGGCAAGGUCGUCACAUAAGCUCUGUAAGCUCCAAAAGACUGCUCCGCUGAGGUCUUAUUUAUUUUGCCGAACAUAUCGAGGAGCGUUGCUGUGUUUGAUCUUCCCGAGCUCUCCAAAUAAGAUGUGCACUCAAGGUUGCUCAUCAGGUUGCCUGUGUUAUUAAGCGCAUCAGGAGCUUCUCAUAUGCGGUUUAAAAACUCCACUGCAAAUCCAAUCAUUCAGUGUAUUCUUCUGCUGUUCAACUUUCCCACUGUCUGUGCCAGGUGAUAGCUAUAUAUGUUUUCCAAAGCCUUGAAAAAGAAAUAAAAAAACACUAUUUAUAAAUGUAAUAUAUUUUAAACGAAUAUAAGGCGAUUGACAAUAAUUCCUUUGUUGCCUUUAACUCUUGACUAGCUAAAAAACGAAAAAGAACAGCUGAAAUAUGAGUUUCAUUCUGACUGGGGAAAAAAGAGAAAAGAAAAAAAGAGAGGAAUAUAAUACGACUAAUAACCACUUGAUAUUUUCUAUAUACUCAUAUAACAAAAUAAGCUAUGUUCAGUGUCAUUAGAAAUGUGCUGAUCGAUUGAAAUGUCAGUAGUUUUGAGUCACCUUAUUAUUUAUGUUUUGACCACUGUAAUGAACCUGUUAUGCUACACUACACUACACAACAAAAUGUUCCUUUUCAUUAUUAAACAUUUGCAGAAUGCCUAGGUACAUUUAGUAGAUUGAUCCAUUUUGUUGGUGAAUUUCUGUCAGUGAUGGUUGGAUGCUGUCUGAUGCUGUCGUCUGUUGAGCACGUGACCCUUGUCUAUGUUUCUAAGGAGCUUUAGUAAGGUCGGGUCCAUUCUGUUGGCUUUACAGGAAUUGAUCGUUCACAGUUGCCCUUUAAAAGAGCAAUGUGUGACUUGUAGCCUUUUGAUUGCAUCAGAUAUCUGUCCCUUUGUCAUGAGCAACAGAGUGAGGAGUACCAUCAGCUGCAGCAGACUGACUGACUGCUUUUCUGAUGAAACACUACAGAGUGCUUUUCUUGUUCUUUUUCUCUGCCAUCCUUUCUCUCCUGCCUUUUGUCUCCUCGCGUUUGCUUGUGGAGUUCUUCACAUCACUGUUCAGUGAGAGUAGUACGUGGGUGUGUGACUCUUUUGUGCUCCUCCCAGCCCUGCUGUCUGCACUCAGUGUAUACCCACGACCAGAACUUUCUGAGGAACCGUAUUGUGCAAUCGUUCGCCCCCGCCUCCCGUUCCCGAUCCCCCCCUCUUUCCACCGCUCUUCUUCCCCAGCUCUCCUUCAGCAGUGUGGAAGCUUGUGGCCUGCGGGCAGAGCCCACCCACCCAGCGCGGUAAUGAGCAGGAGUGCUGGGAGCCCAGGCGAACCCGGCAGCGCAGAGUCUCCCCAGCCUUCAGCAGAAGCGGCUCAGAACACAGAACCGAGAUGAAGAGAAAUAGAAGCGCAGGAUCGACGCCGCCGGCGUGGAGAGCUCUGGCCAUGCAGUGGGAUGCUCAGGACCUGUUGGCAUGGUUACUGGGAUGAGCUACGCAGCGGUAGUGGGCUGCUGCCCAUUGGCUGGCUCUUUGUGGGUCCAAUUGCUAUCUUGUCCCUCAUAAUUUUACUUCAUUACAACAAAGCAGCAACAUAAGUGCAAUUCAUGAUAGCGCAAUUGUAAAACAGAAUGGCACACUGCGUUUUUAUCUCAAAGCCAUACUCUGAACCUCCUCUGAUUCAGCUAAGUCAGUGGAAGGUUCAUGUAUAUUGUCGAAUAUACAGUGUUUUUAAGAGGCUUAGUCUUUAGUACAUGCACUGUAAUACUCUGUCUUCAAAUAGAGAACGUCCCGCAUGCACUCGCAAUACGCAAUAAGCAAAGUGAUGAUACCUGCCUGUAGCUUAUCUGUGUUACUAUGCAAGAAAUGCCCCAAGUAUAAGAUCAGACAAAGCUGUCCUAAAUCAGCCUUGGGAAAAUGACAGAAAACGACGGCUGCAUAGCUUACAUCUAUGACGUAACCACUACGUGAAAGCUUCCUAGUGUUUUUAAAGCUUUUCAGAUGUCUCAUGUUAUGUCAUUUUGUUUCAUAUCAGCUUGCAUGUCAUGAUGCACAAUCUGACCUUCUGUUAUGCUGUCUUUGGCCUGUGGUUUAAGAAGAUUUCUUCUUCCUGCAGAGAAACCUUCCUUUAUUGUCAUCCUAAACCCCUUCUGCAAGUCCCACUCACUGUCUUCCAGUUGCUCAGCCAAGACCUCAAUUCCUCUUUUCAGUCGCAGUCUUUUUUUGCAGCAAGACCUAGAGUUACCCAGUAACUACAACCAUUGCUUUAUCUGUACUCGGCCUCCAGUCCUCACCCAUUUGUCUCAUUACGUGAACGAGACCGACAGCUCAGCUCUCUCGUAUGGCAAGUCAAAUCUGUUCACCUGGGCACAUUCAAGCAGUUCACCCACCUGAGCUUCCCUCACUCUGUCGUGGAUGUCUCUCUGCAUAAGCCUUCACUGGUGACAUACAGCUUGAAUCGUCCUUGAAGCGCUUCUCCUCGGAUGUUGCUGUCUGUUGGUAGGCAACUUGAAGACAGAGGCUUGGAAAUGAGGAGCAUCUCCAGGAAGUCUCUCUCCACGUGCACCAGCGGCCCGCAGAUUAAACAAGAUGCCCUCCCUGUAAUCCCCAAAUCCCACUUUAAGUGCACUUGACUUCCAAAGCAGCCCCUUCCUUCUACUACCUCUGCCUACCUUGUGCGCACACUAAUGGAAUCCCACUCUGGAAAGAAAAGAGAGUGCACACCUGAGCCCCCCCCAGACAUGGCCUCUCGUAAGUACCUAAGAUGAUGGAGUGGCCUAAAGAGGAUCUGUGUGUGGAUAGUUCUUGAAGUGGUAGUGUUGAUGGUGUUCCUGUUAACUGCAAUUGACGAGAGUGGGACAAUGGAGCGUGAGAGUACCACUCGGUUGUCGGUGAGGACCCAGAGUAAACAUACACAUUUGCACUGUUUCUAUUUUCAAGGGGUGAAAGGAAGGGUGCUUGAAGAACCUGAAGAUGCAAGGCACCGCUGAGAGGGACUGAAGCUUCCUUGACUUUGAAUAGUUUGAAAGAGGAAAAGUUGCUCCUUUUCGUAGAGUUGGCUCAGAUUUGUUUUAUUUAAUGAAUGUUUUAUGCGUUUUUUUUUUUUUUUUCGUUUUUUUUUAACAGACAUUAUUUAUUGGAGUCUAAUACUGUUGCGUCUUUACCUGGUUUAUCGUUUGGAAGAAAAACUAGCUUUAACUUUCCAUAGCAUAGUGGAGGAUGCGAUUCUUUCAACUCUCGUCUAGAUGUGUCCUAUAGCACAAGUGCCUUGUAAUUUAGGAUUUAGGCUUUAGGAUUUCGCAUUGAAUUCACAGAGCACUUGGCUUGAUACCAUCAGGAAAAGGGUGUUUUGUGUUUAAAGUUUGAGCUCUGCUACGUUGAUGCAGCUGGCAUUAGCUUUUGCUUUCACAUCAGAGCUGCUGCUGGGCUGCAUUGCUUUCCUUCACGAAACUUAGCUAAAGAUGUGACCUGUGAUGGUAUACAACUGUCUUCAUGUAUUUAUUAACCACAGAACCACAUGUGUAUUACAGUUCCUUUGAUUCCUGGUAUAUUCUGGUCUUUUUUUUUUGUUCCUACUUAACACCUACUGUUAAUAACUCAACUGUAAUAUGAAUAUAAUCUUCUGCUCGGUCUUAACUCGCUGGCGUGACACUACACGUUCAACACUAGGUAAUGCAUAUGUUUGCGUAUGUGCUUCAUGUCCAGCUCUGUACCACUUGAACAACACUCGAAGUCCGUCCUGUAAGGUGUGACAGUUAUUUACGCUAACCGCGAGUCGUCUCAAAUUGGCGCCACUUUCAGAAACCUAGUCCAGUUCCCAGUUCUAGAAGUGUCCCUGCAUGUCUCAUCACGCACUAUGGAAAUAUAAGUUCUGUAAGUGUCUGUCAGUAUUAUUAUUAUCUGUUGUUCAAACCUCGGCACGGUAGUCCCACUCUUAUGGGAGGGAUGUUAUGUGGCGGGUCUUCUUUGGCUAAAGCAUCAUGGUGUUUCAACCAUCUUCAACUGUGGCCAGAAUAGGUUUCUGCCAGCUUCAAGAGGUUCUUCACACCAUGGUACUUCAGGGAAAGAAGCCCUGGGCUGCUGCAUGCCUCCAUUUCUGCAGAUCUUCUUCAAAAACACUGUAUGCGAACCAACUGCAGUUUCUACACCCCUGUAUGCUUUUUUUACUGGCGAUUGCCAGUAGUCGUCGGUUAUCUAAAAAGCCCAGCAGUCAGUGUUACAUCACUGCCUCUCCUUAGCAAUCCAGCUUAUUAAUUUAUUUUUUUGCUCCAUCGUGACUUGACAGCUGUUCCAUUGUUCUGUACAUCUUGUAUUUUUAAUUUGUGCAAUAAGAACACAGCGAAGAGCUCGAGCGGAUAUGCACUGUUGUUCGACGUGUAAUUCUGACUAAUUUAUUUGAACGUUAAUUACAAGAAGUGUUGUCACCAAAUACUGACUAAGAAUAAAAGAGGAAGAAUGUCUUCAGCCAGACACACUCUUGAGACUGAAAAAAAAGAGAAAGUGAUGUUUUUGUCUCUGUCCUCAUCUCUUUGCUUUGAGGCGGUGUGUCUGAGAGCUUGAAAUAAAGACGGCACCAAAACCUA